CGAGCUCUGAUGCACCAGUAAAGCGAUAAGUCCCCUACUAAUAACAUCAAUUUAUAAACACAGUUAAAGCCGUGCUUUUGUGCCACGAGCAUUACUUUCAAAGAAGCUGGUUUCAUAGUUUAAGGUAGGGAUAUCACUGGCAAGGACGUGAUAGUGUGUGGAGACUGUGGUGUUGAGUUACAAGGACACAAGUAGGUGGAAAUGCUAAGCGGAAAGUUUCUGUUGUGCGCGAUUUUAUUUGCUGCAUGGCAAGUCGCCACCCCCGCCAGCCUACCAGCGUUGCCGUCGCGGAUCGGCAACUACAACGAAGUUGGCGACGGCGGGUUCAAGAUGCCCGUGGUGCUCACGUGGGCCAAGGUGCGUGAGGGGGUGCCUCCGCCCCUCUGCGCCGGCCGCUGCGCCUCGCCGCCCCACGGGCCGGUCUGCGCCUUCGACGCUACAGGAACCGCCAGGACAUUCGCUACAUUGUGCGAGCUUGAGGCCGUGUCGUGUCGCGAGAGCACCUACUACGCGAUCACAAGCUUGGGCGAAUGCUGACCAGACGUCGACGAACAUUAUGAGUAAUUUUAUAACUAAGUAUAAGUAAUACUUAUUAAUAUUGAGUGGUUGACAAUCCCACGUUUUUAAAUUCAUUUCUAGGCUCUACUAAGUUCAUUGAGUAUGUAAUACUUAUGCACUUCCAACGAAGUAGAAUUAUGUAAUAGGUAUUUAGAUAGAUAUUAGAAAUGUUGCUAUUCGAUAAAUUUCGGAAUGUUAUUAUUUUUAUGCCUAAAAUUGUGUUUUAAAUUGAAAACGGAGAAGUGAUGUAUUAAAAGUAUUUGGUUUGAAUGUUCCUAAAAUUCAAAAUUGACGCAUUUCUUACUAAUAUAAUGUUUCGUUUAAGUUUAUUAAUAUCAAAAUGAUAUUAAUUAUAAGUACAUUAGUAUUAAGCCGGAUCAUAGAAUACGGAUGUAGUUUAAUUUAUUGUACAAAGUACGAGAUAUCCGACCGUAUGGUGUUUGUGAAUGUACUCCAUGUCUAUGGCCAGUAGGCAUCUUGACAAAAUAGUUCAAUAAAGUAUACUUCCAUAAA